AUGACCGCGGUAUACCAGCUGAUCCCCGGCGUACAAUCGUACGAGUGGGGUAUCCUUGGCUCAGAAAAAAACAAUGCAGUGGCAAAUUAUGCCGAGGCAACACCCGCGUUGAAUUUUCAGCGCGACGAUGCGACACCGUACGCGGAGCUGUGGAUGGGCACACACCCCACUUUGCCUUCGUACGUGAUCGCCAAAGAACCCCACGAAGCAUUAUCCAGCGUAAUUUCCGCGCAGCCCAGCUUGCUUGGAGAGAGUGUAGUGAAAAAAUACGGCGCACACAACGAGCGUUGCGCCUUGCCAUUCCUCUUCAAGGUUCUUGGUAUUGCCAAGGCCCUAAGUAUCCAGGCCCACCCAAACAAGCAGCUCGCCGAGAAGCUGCAUACAGAGAAGCCGAAUCUGUACAAAGAUGAUAACCACAAGCCGGAGAUGGCGAUUGCUAUCCAGCAUUUCACUGGAUUCUGCGGUUUCCGUCCCGUGCACGAGAUUGCCAACUUUUUGGCGACUGUACCCGAGCUUGCGUCCGUUGUGCAUGUAGAUGGUGCAUUGAGAGAGCUGCUACAAGAUGCAGCGUCGCGUCAGGCAUCGGCAUGGCGCGGUACUGACACCGCGGGUGCGAAGGAUACAGUGCACGAUGCGCUGCAGCGCGUAUUUGCGCUCCUCAUGCGUGCAGAUGCACAGGUGUACGAGCAUGCAGUUGCUGAACUUGCACAGCGAUACACGGAUGCAUUGCAGCACAAUGCAUCGAUCGAGGUAUCCCGCGCAACCGCCGAGCUUGUCGUGCGACUGAACAAGCAGUACCCCCGCGAUGUUGGUGUCUUGUGUACAUUCUUCCUCAAUGUUGUGCACCUUGAGCCUGGCGAGGCACUUUACUUGGGUGCGGACGAGCCACAUGCGUACAUUGAUGGUACUAUUCUCGAAUGCAUGGCUGCGUCGGAUAAUGUCGUGCGCGCAGGGCUUACGCCUAAAGUGCGGGAUGUCGACGUGCUGGUCGAUAUGCUGACAUACCAAAGCGCGCGUGCUGCGGAGCAGUUAUUGCGUCCCGUAAAGUGGGACGGAGAGCAGGGAAAUGCAACGACCGAGUUGUACGACCCGCCGAUCGACGAGUUCUCCGUCUUGCUUACGACACUUGGGCGUAGCGAUGUGCACAGCGACCAGCGUGCGAUCCAGGGCCCGUCAAUUGUGUUGAUUGUGCAUGGGAGCGGUUCAUUGCAUGCACAAAACAAGGACACGGAUGUCAAAGCCGGUGCAGUUUUUUUUGUCGGUGCGGAUACGCCUAUCCGCUUUGCUACAAAAAAUGACAUGAAGGUCGCACGCGCAUUUCUAGAGAUUGUGUAG